AUGGAUGUUCAAUCUAGUCACUUUGUAUUAAACUCCUACGCCUCCUUUUCUCUGGAUACAAAAUCAGAUUCUGCAUAUUCAAUUCAUGCAGAAUAUCCAGGGUUGGAAGAAAUAGUAGUCGAACAAGAAAAGGAUGAAUGGUUCUACAAAAAUACACCUUCAUUUAAAUGUUUUGCGCAAGUUUGUGUAUCCAGAAGCUCCUUAAUUUUUCAUCCUUUAUUCUACUUUCCUCCUCUUGACGAUCCAGGGAUAGACGAUGCAUUUGAUUAUGAAGAAGCAUUAAAAAUCAACGUUUUCGUUACGGAAUUAAAUUUGCAAGAUAACUGGCUGACUACAGAGUCGAGUAAAGAAUUGGCUAGCAUGUUGGAAGUGAACGACAUCAUAGAGAUUUUAAAUUUGAAAGAGUGUCGCAUAGGUCCAGAAGGAGCAAGAUUUUUGAAUGAUGUUUUAACAAUAUCUCAAAGACUGGUAGAUGUUGACUUGAGUUACAACAGCUUGGGCAAUGCUGGGUUAUUGGCGUUAAAAAUUGGCCUAAAAGAAAAUAUGUCGAUUAAAAAGUUGAAUCUUAGUCACAACAACUUUACGGAAGCAAGUGCCGAGACUUUGGAAAGUAUACUAAAGGAAAAUAAUUUUGUAGAGGAUUUGGACUUAUCUUGGAAUGGAUAUUAUCCGCCUCCAGCAACUAAAAGGAUUUUUAAUGGCUUGUUUUUUAAUAAAAGCAUUAAGGUUUUUAAUUUGGCGUUUAACGGUAUCAGCGAGAAUAAAGCUAUAAGACCUUUGAUAAGGUUUAUGAAAAGUUCUGAAAUUAUUGAAGAAUUGGACUUAAGUUGGAACAGAUUGAGUGGACCUGGAUUAAACGCAAUUAGAGGUGCAGUGAACAAAAACGAAUCUUUAAGGGUUCUGAAAGUGGGUAAUAAUAAAUUUACCCCGGUGGAAGCGUUUAAUAUUGCAAAUUUAUUGGUGAAAAAAACUAACUUACAGGAAAUUGACAUGGAGAAUGUUUGGUUCGAUAAAAAAAUCCUACCAGAAAAAGUAAUUCGCAUAGGUGGAAUUUAUUCAAACUACACAAUAAACGGUCCCGACGAUAUUCUACUGAUGUUCAACAGAGCCAGAUAUCUUCUUCAGAAACCCAAAAAGAAGAAGGCCAAAAAAGAUUUUAGCCAUUUUAUUUUGAAAUUAGCCGAUGAAAAGGUUCUACGCGAAGACUUUGACCUUUUACUAAAAAAAGAGAAAAUGAAAAAACUGGAUAAGGAUUUGCUAAAUACUAUAUUUAAUAAAUUUAAAAUAGGAAAGACAGAAGCGAUUGAUGGUAUCAAAAUAAAAGAAACUUAUAUGAGGUAUUAUCCAGAUGCCCACUUACCACCACCAAAGCCUAAAAAAGGAAAAAAAGGUAAGAAAGGAAAGAAGGGCAAAAAGGGUAAAGGAAAAGGAAAAGGGAAAGGAAAAGAAGCCAAAAAAACAGCCGAAGACUUCACCAAAAAAUCAAAAGAAGAAACUGAAGGAACCGAAGAAGGAACUGAAAGUGAAUGGGAAUCAGAAAUUACCAAUUUGGAAGGUGCAGAUGUCCCAAUAUUGGGUGUGAAUGAAGCAUAUCCGCAAUAUCCUAUUGAUUGGCUACAACAAGAAGAUGAAGGUAAUGAAGGUGAUGAAGGUGAUGAGGGUGAUGAAGGUGAUGAAGAUUAUGAAGGUGAUGAGGGUGAAGGAAUGACCUCAGAAGAAGAUGAUUGGAUGUACGCAGAUGAAGAUGAAGGAGAAUUUACAGAGACUGAAGAUGAACAUGAAAUGGACAAAGAGGUGGAGGAAGAGGAAGAACAACAACAGCAAGAGGAAGUGCCAGAAAAUGAAGAGCAAGAAGAGGAUGCAUAA